UGUAAUGGUACACACGUGCUUUUGAGAAAAACCAAAACAAACCCGAAGCAGACCAUUAAGCAUGGACCUCGACGCCCAAGACACUGAUAAGACAACGUCUGUUGGCGUAAAGGAUGUAAACAUGGACCAUGUCGACGAAAUUGCAGAUGAACCAGCAACUGUAGAUGAAAACACGACUGUGAACCAUGUAGACCAAGACACAAAUAAGCCAACAUCUGAAAGCGUUGAGCCUCCACAUUUGGAGAUCAGAUCAACAGUCCAGUGUCAGGUGUGUGGAGAUAACCCAGCCAAGUACCGCUGUCCUGGAUGUGAUCAACGCACAUGCUCGCUGCCGUGUGUCAACAAACACAAGGUGGUCACAGGCUGUGAUGGAAGUCGUAACAAAACAGCCCACGUCGCAAUGAAGGGAUUCACAGACACUCAUCUACUUAGCGAUUAUCGCUUUCUGGAGGAUGGCAGUCGAAGAAACCACAGUUGUCAGCGGGACUUCCUGAAGAUCAAACAUGACAAACCAAAAGCGCUGAUGAAAUUAAUCCGCCAUGCUGAAUCCCUGGGUAUUGAACUGAGAACUAUGCCAUAUCCGAUGUCCAAACGCAAGAAUAAUCGCACAAUCUUCCUCUACAGAACAAAGGAGAUUCUGUGGCAGAUUGAAUGGAAGUUCCCCCAUGCUGAUGCAAGCUUCAUGGACAAAAAGCAGAAUCAGAGCCUCACUCUGGAAACCCUCCUGAAUAAAUAUCUCCACCAGAAUGAGGCUGACCCUCUCGUACUGCAUCAACUACGGCAGUAUGUGGAGGUGGGCGUAGCUGGGUGUCGCCUGUUGAUGAAGGCUGAAGGCAGGCCGGCUAAUGAUGUCAGGUAUCAUGAGCUGGACCUCAGCAAGUCUGUCUUGGAGAACCUCCGCGGGAAGUGUGUAGUGGAAUACCCCACGAUCAAUGUCAUCCUAUGUACUUGCAGCCAGAACUACAACCUCCUGUCUAAGGAGGAGGAAGACAAGCUGUGGCAAGACAGAAGACGAGGAAACUUCUCCAGACAAAGAGAUUUUACUCCACAUCAGCAGAAGCCCCAACACAAGGGAGGCAACUCAACAUUGGGGCAGAGAGAUUUGAAUGUCACCAAUAAUGUAGCCAUGGUUUCAGAUGAGGGUUCAAAUGUAAAUGCCUUGUAGGGCUGAGACUCAUAAUAACAAUUAAGUACCUGUCUGAAAGUCUGGUCCAGGCAGCCGCCAUAUAGCUGGAAUAUUGCUUGGUGGGCGAGUAAGGCUCGGUCAGUCCCAGGUAUUGGGGACAGCUUGGUUGUUACAAGUAUACUCCGAGAAGAUUGGAUUUGGAAGAUUAAUUGGUAACAAGAGUCAUUCUUUGAUUUAUGGGGUGGUCAGGUAACCUAGUGGUUAAAGCGUUCACUAGUCACGCCAAAGACCCAGGUUCGAUUCCCAAGGGUACAAUGUGCGAAGCCCAUUCUGGUGUCCCCUGUCGUGAUAUUGCUGGAAAAAUUGCUAAAAGCAUCAUAAAACCACACUCACUCACCCUUUGAUUUAUAUUGAAUAGAUUGCUCCAUAUUUAAUGAACACAAAGGACGAAAUGAAAGAUUGUUUGUUGAAACACAUUAUAUUUCUGUGAAGUUUGAACCUGACUGCAGCAUGGGUUAGUAGUGGACUAUGGAGAGAUUCAUGUUGACAUCAUUGUUGCAUAUGCUGAAUUACUUGCUGUAGGUUUUUACAGUUGAAUAAACCUGAAGGAUAUGUAAAA